AUGACCCCACCAACUCGCCAACUCGGCCGCAACGGCCCUCUCGUCACCGCCAUCGGUCUAGGCAUGAUGUCCAUCGGCGGCGCGUACGGGCAGAAGAACACGAACGAGGAGAAAUUCGCCCUGCUGGACCGCGCAUACGCCAUCGGUGAGCGCUUCUGGGAUACAGCCGACGUCUAUUUCGACUCCGAGGAGCUCAUUGGCGAGUGGUUCCAGCGCAACCCGGACAAGCGCAAAGACAUUGUCCUAGCCACGAAGUGCGGCCUGAGCUACAACUUCGAGACGGGUGAGCAAUUCGUCGACACCAGCCCGGAGUACGUGCGCAAGGCUUGCGAGGCGAGUUUGAAGAAGCUGAAAACCAACACCGUCGACCUGUACUACUGCCAUCGCGUGGAUGGCAAGACGCCCAUCGAGGAGACCAUCCACGCGCUGGUCGAGCUCAAAAACGAAGGCAAAAUCACCCACCUCGGCCUCUCCGAAGUCUCAGCCACCACGCUCCGCCGCGCCAACGCCGUGCACCAAAUCGCCGCGCACCAAAUCGAGUACAACCCCUUCACGCUGGAGCCCGAGGCGGACGUGAUCGCCACGGCGCGCGCCCUCGGCAUCGCCACCGUGGCCUACUCGCCCAUGGGCCGCGGGUUCCUGACCGGCCAGAUCAAGUCCCUCGACGACCUCCCCGCCAUGGGCUUCCACCGCCUGACGCCCAAGUACAACGACCCGGAGAAUUUCCAGCGCAUCAUGGCGCUGGUGCGCAAGUUUGAGGAGGUAGGCAGGAAACAUGGCAAGAGUCCCGCGCAGGUGUGUCUGGCGUGGUUGUUGCGGCAGGGGGAGGAUAUCGUGCCGAUCCCGGGCACGAGGGGCGUCAAGUACCUGGAGGAGAAUACGGCGGCGGCGGAGUUGGUGUUGAGUGAUGAGGAGGUCAGGGCGUUGAGGGAGGCGGCGGAUGCGACGGUGUUGCCUGGCCUGAGGUACCCUGCUGCGUGGGCUGAGGCGCUCAAUGGAGACACGCCGGAGUUGUGA